CCCUUCCCCAGAGCCUGCCCAGGGUUGGUACCCACAGGCAGGGCUGGGAAGGGAACCUGAGCCACCAGCCUGCUCACACUAAAGCACAGCCUGGGGACAGGGAAAACCUUGUCACUGUCACUUUAAGGCUCCUGAGGGAGGGGGUCCUCAACCCUGGAUUCACCCCCCUGAGGAAGACAGAGAAGGAAGUGGGGCAGGUUUGCGGAGAGCACCAAGCAGCGCUCCUAGGGCCCGCUCACACAUAAAAACUUCCUGCGAUGAGACCGGAAACACAGGUGCUGUCCCCAGCACGGCAGCCCCCAGAGCCUGGGCCAGAGGGGAGCCAUGGACAGGCCCCGGGCCCUGGGCCUGCUCUUGGCGCUGCUGACUCUCUGCAUCACUGCUGGGACUCCUGAGGUGUGGGUGCAGGUUCAGAUGGAGGCCACCAAGUCCCCGUCCUUCACUGUCCGCUGUGGAUUCCUGGGAUCUGGCUCUAUCUCCCUGGUCACUGUAAGCUACGGGGGCCCUGAUGGUGCCGGAGGGACCACGCUGGCGGUGUUGCACCCAAAGUUCGGCACUCAGCACUGGAACCCUGCCUGCCGGGCCCGCUGGGAAACCAGAACCAGCAUCUCCCUCACCUUGGAAGGGUCCGAGGGGAGAAGCUCCAGUCCCAACACCACCUUCUGCUGCAAGUUUACUUCCUUCCCUGAGGGCUCCCAGGAGGCCUGUGGGAACAUCUCCCUCAGCCCAGACCAAGGGCUCCCUGCUCCUGCUCCUACUCCAGCCACCAUGCUGCGAGCUGACCUGGCUGGGAUCUUGGGGGUUUCGGGGGUCCUUCUCUUUGGCUGCGUCUACCUCCUCUACCUCCUGCGUCGGCAAAGGCACUGGUCUGUCAUGAAGCUUCAGCCACCCAGCCACAGCAGCCCCCAGACACAGAGGAGAGCAAGUGCAGCCGGCCAAGCCUCCCUGACCUCUCUCCACAUCCCCUAUGCCACCAUCAACACCAGCUACUUCAGCCCAGCAACUCUGCGCCGGGUCCUCCCACCCCAGCCCCUACCCAGGUGGGCGCCACUUCCCAGCCAGAGCCCCGUCCCCUGGGCACCCCUGCCGGCCUCCACUCGCAGCAGCUUCAUCUCUGUUGAGAACCGACUCUACGCUCAAGCAGAAAAGGGGCCUCUCCACACCGGCACUGACCUCAUCCCGCUCCCGGACUGGCACCAGGACUACUCCCCACUGGCCAGUCAGGGGGAGACAGAGGCCCACUCAGACACAGGGACUGAGCCCAUGCUCCCCAGCCCACUCAUCUUCCCAUCCGGGAGCAGCCCUCCUUCUGUAAACAGGCCCAGCAGCCUGGGCCUCAUCGCACCUUUGCCACAUGAGACAACAUGGGCCCCACUGCAGCUGGCCCAGGAGCCCACCCCGGAGCCCGGGACCCGAGCUCAACGCUCCCCAGACCAGCCUCAGGACCCUCCCUCCCCGUGGCUCCCCACAGCCCCCGUUAGCUGCUCCUCCCUCCCCACCCCACAGCGGGUCCAGCAGGGGGUCCCUGCUAACGAACGCGCCCACCCCAGUCUUCUGCCCCUCUGCGGCCCCGGAGACCUCCUUCUGCCGUCCAGUCCGCACCCACACUCAGGCUCGCCCCCUGGCCCGACCCUGACACAGUCUCCACUGCUAGCCCGCCGGAGCCCUCUGCCCCACCCGGGUCCCGCCGCCUGUCCCCGUGGCCUGAAGCUCCCCAUCUGCGCCCCCGCCCGGCCUCCGCAGACCAGCGCCUGCUCCCACGUCGUGAUGCGCGCCCACACGGAGCGCGGGGCCCUAGGCAUCACGACGACCACCCGCCUGGUGUGUGACCUCGGGUCGCCUGUGCGUCUGGGGAGCCUCACACCCUUGCUGGGUUGGCUGCAGAGGUGGGGCAACGUCACGGCCUCGCCCCCAGUCGGGGCGCCCACCAGCUGGGGCUGA